UGACGUUUCUCUGCGUUUUUAACAAAAACAAAUGCGUGCGAGUUCGAAUAAAAGUGCUAAAGAGCCUCCAGGAGUGGAAAUUACCGACGAUUUUAAGUUGGUCGUGACGAAAAAAGGACAACAUCGACGCAAAACAAGAGCCCCGUUGAAAAAACCGCUUCACAGCGCAAUCGGAGAAGAGAUCGAUGCGAAACCGGGAUUGUGCCGGGACACAGUGAUUUCACAACUUCAUGCGGCCGAAACCGAUCUACUGCAAUCUGUAUACUUUGCCGAGUGUUUAGAAAUCGCUGAACCAAUCCUUUCGAACGUCCAGCAGAUAGUUUGUCUCGGUUUGGGCAAAUUCAGCGAAUGUUCGAUUGCGCGCUAUCAGUUGGCGUUCUUGAGGUGUCUUCGUGAUAAACUACCGCUUCCCGCAGGGCUAGCUGCGCAGUUUUUCGAUCCUCUAUUUGGACGCACGGAGGUAGAGGUGCUACAAACGCUUGGAGAAACCGUGUUAACAGAGAACGUUGAAGGCAAGUACAGGGCCGAUUGUAGGACGCUGUUUUAUCUACCACACUGUCCCAAGCAGCUGGUGAACAACCUGCUGUGGAAGAACUGGCAACCGCAGCAAAUCGCGAAUCUCGUACUCAUCUGCAACAGUUUCGCAAGUGUUGUUAAUAAUCAUCCGCACCGGUUGCUUAGCAGGAACGCCGGCUACAUAUUGCGCGCGGCCGAUGUUUUCAAAGAGUUUCCUCUAAGAAACACAUUCCGAUUCAGCGACAUUUUCAACGAUACUUCGUUGCAUUACCUGGGGAGCGUAUCGACCGGCAAAGAAGAAGUUCCCGCUACCCUGUGGGAGAAUUGCGAAGAACCAACGUACGAGGAAGACGAUCUGGAACUUGUCUCGCAACAACUCAUCGAAAGGUUGGUUGUCAAUCUGAACUAA